AUGCACCGUGAUUCCGAACAACAAAAAGAUGAAGUAAAGCAUAAAGAUAAGCACAAAAGUAAACAUAAAGACGUAAAGGAAAAGCAUAAAGAUAAACAUCGAGACAAACAGAAGGAAGAAAAGAUAAAACUAUCUCGACAGCAGAGUGCAAGUGAAACUGAUAAAAAAAGAAGGAAACACUCAACAAGAAGUAUAAGUUCGGAAAAAGAGCUUGUAAUCGACGAGAGUAAAAAUUCAAGUCAAGAAUCGAAUCAAUCAAGUCAUCUUGCAACAAAGUCACCCGAGAAAUCGAAACGACAUCACCAUCGCAAAAGAAGUGAAACAGUUAAGAAGCCCAGAAAUGAUUCUGUAAGCAGUGUUAACUCGGAAAAGGAACUUGUCAUAAACGAAUCGAAAUGUACAGAAGCCAACCCUAACGCUGCAGAUGAAACAUUGGUACUCGAUAAAGAACAAGAAAACCAAACAGCUUCGUCAAGUAGACAGCGAGACGACAUCACUGAAAUUAUAACGGAGGAAGAAAAAAACACUGAUAAUAAUGAAGAAACUGUUUCUAACAAGGAAUGUUCUACAAGUGGAAUUGUGACAAAGUUCGAUGAUAAAUCACUUACUGAAGCACAUAAAUUAAGCGUUGAAGCAGAUAAAGUUUUAAAAGAACUUCAACAAUUUGCUGAAUUAAAGCCAGAACCAGCGUUGCCUGAGAUCAAGGAAGAGAAACCUGCUACCAGUGAGACCAAAUCUUCGUUUGAGAUAACAUCUAAUAAAAGUAAAUCUCCCCAAAAGGGCAGUAAACCUCAAAAAAAUAUUGAAAUUUCAAUAAAAAAACCCGAGGACCGCCAUAAAUCGAGAACAAAUGAAAGAGAAAAAGCUGUAACAAAGCAUCACACAAAGCGGAAAAAAGAAAAGAAAACUGAAAAAGUAGACGUAGCUGGAUUAGUUGUUAAAUUAUUGAUGCCUUACUAUAAGAAAAAUAAAAUAAGUAAUAGAGAGUUAUUUAAAAUUACAGCGAGACAUAUAGUUCAUCAACUUCUUGCAAUUCAAGUCACAGAGGAAGCGGCUAUUAGUAUGUUACUGAAGAAGACGUUUAGCAAGAACAUCACAAUACAAACAGAAACGGAUUUAAAUACUAAGUUAAAUCUAAGCAAAGAACUUUAA